UGACUGUUAUUGUCUAGGGUUUUUUCAGGGCCAUCAAUUGGACAAGUAGCGAACAGCCAUGGUAAACUCGAUCACUCAUCAGUAAUCAUGGAAAACCCUCCAUCACCCCCAAAACAACCAAGUCCCAAGAAACUCAAAAUGUCCACCACCACCACCUCCUCCGACGAAGACCGUGGCACCACCACCACCACCACCACCUCAUCGGAGAAAAAACCGAGGUACAAACGCCGCAAGAUUGCUAUAUUCUUCGCCUACUGCGGCGUCGGCUACCAAGGAAUGCAAAAGAACCCUGGCGCCAAAACCAUCGAAGGCGACCUCGAAGAAGCACUCUUCUUCUCCGGUGCCGUCCCCGAACAUGACCGUGGCCAACCCAAACGGUUCGACUGGGCCCGGUCCGCCCGAACCGAUAAGGGCGUCAGUGCCGUCGGCCAGGUCGUCUCCGGCCGGUUUUACAUCGACCCGCCCGGUCUAGUCGAUCGCCUCAAUUCCAACCUCCCUCUACAGAUACGGAUCUUCGGGUUCAAGCGCGUGACCGGGUCGUUCAAUGCGAAGAAGUUCUGCGAUCGGCGAAGGUAUGUUUAUCUGAUACCCGUUUUUGCUCUCGACCCAAAUUCGCAUCGCGAUAGAGAGAGUGUGUUGGCUAGUUUAGGUUCCGAAAACGAACUUGUGAAGUGUUUGGAGUGUUCGGAGAGAGGCCGAAAGGUCGAAGGAGUGAUGGGUAAACGUAGUUUCGAAUCAGAAGCUGUUUCUAGGGUUAUGUCAAGUGAUAUUACUGUUUUACAUUCUGAAACCACAGUUGAGUCAGACAUUUCAUCGAACAAUAUAUCACAUUUGGAAGUAAAAGAGGUAAAUAUAGUUUCUUUUGAAAAUGGCAUUGAUAACGAUUCGAAAUCUGAACCUGCGAAGGACGUAGACAAAGGUAUUACCCAAAUUGAGUGCAAUGUUUUGCAUUCAGAGUCGGCCAUUGAGGAUUACAAAGUUGAAGGUAAAAUGGAUGAGUGCAGCAAUGGGGAUGCAAAACAUGAGAAAAGGAGUGACUUUUGUUAUGGCGAAAAAGAGAAGGAACGGUUUAAUGGAAUUUUGAAGCAGUACGAGGGAACGCACAAUUUUCAUAACUUCACUACGCGAACGAAAGCUGAGGAUCCUUCUGCUCGGCGCUACAUCAUCUCCUUCAAUGCUAACACCAUAGUUACUGUUGAAGGUAUUGAAUUUGUGAAGUGUGAGGUUGUGGGACAAAGCUUCAUGCUUCAUCAGAUUCGGAAGAUGAUUGGUCUUGCUGUGGCAAUUAUGAGGCAUUGUGCGCCUGAAUCGUUGCUUGAAACAGCUCUGCAGCAGGAUGUUAACAUCAACGUUCCUACUGCUCCAGAGGUUGGCUUGUACUUGGACGAGUGCUUCUUUGCUUCAUAUAACCAGAAAUGGAAAGACAGUCAUGAGGAACUGUCUAUGAAACCUUAUGCAGUAGAGGCGGAGGAAUUCAAAAUGAAGCACAUAUACUCUCAUAUUGCAUCAAUGGAGCAUAAGGAAGGAGUCGUUGGCCUAUGGUUGCAUUCCCUGAACCACCGGAAUUAUCCCGACCUUCGUGAUGUGAGCAAUGGGGGAACCCCUGAAGUGAAAAGUGCUGAAGUGGAGGACAUGGCUGAGUAAAUUGUUAUGCUGGUAGGUGCUUUUAAACAUCACUUAGUUGAUGAUCUGCGGACUCGAGUCUGAAAGUACUCACUUUGUCAAUUUGAGGCCUUUAUUUAAUCUAACCUCCUAAACUUGAUUGGCGAGAAACUUUACAUGGCUACUGUUAUAUAGCAUAGUUUUGUUCUCUGCUUUAUGUUGUGCAUUUAGUGCAUAUAACAUGUGGAUCCUUUAAUCCGUCAAGGUUAUUUUAUAAUUUUCUAAUGUAUCUUCAAUUAUCGAUCCAUCAAAAGUUUAAAAGGCUUAUUGGAUUUUGUCU